AUGUUGAGCAGUCCAGUAGAUAAUAAUGCAAGUGGUUCGUGCAGGGAUAAGCAUAAUAUCAACAAACAAUGUUCGUCUCAUCAAGAGUCCGAAUGUUCGGUGCGUAACAUUCGCGAACCAAUACAGGCAAACAGUUUCGUCGAAGAACCAGAAGAAGACUUCUUUGAAAACGACAACUUCACUGAGAGCAAGUCCUGCGACCGAGAGGACACAGGAUGCAAUAUCGCCAGAAACGGGACCUGCGAGGGUAGGAUGAUGUGCGAGGAAAGUAGGCUCCCAAAAGAAACGACGAUGUCUGACGUGAAUAGAGUCAACGAUUCUAAUAAUAGCCGUUGCCAUCGGCCGAGAUUUAAUGACGAGCAGCAGAGAGAUGUGAGGUCGUCGCGACGGAACAGCGAAUCGAGGACAGACCGAAAAUCGUUGCAAGUUCCUACCUCCAUUUUUCGUUCCACUAAAGAUCCGGCCACCAACCAAAGUUCUGCACUGCCGCUGACGUUAAACAAUCGGACCCUAACAAACCGGACCGUGAAAAACCGAUCGAACGUGACACCGGAAUUCGAAAAAGAAUUGUACAGGGUGGAACAGCGCCGGGCACAAUUGAUGCGGUGUAUCGAGCGCAAACAGCAAGAACUGAUGAUGGAAAACCGGAAAGUGCGAACAUCAUUACAAAACGAUUGCGAACAGCAGAGUUCAGGCUGCGAAAGACAAUCACUACACGAUUCCAGAAAACGCCGACCGUCGCAGCGUGACACCAGAGAACACCGGCCGUCGCAUCACGACAUAAGAGAAAACCGACUGCAGUCACAGGACGACACUAGCAAACGUCGACAGCCACAGCAUGACACUAGAAGACGUCGUACAUCUCAGCGCGACACUAGUGAACGUCGACAGUCACAUCACGACGCUAGCAAACGUCAACAGCCGCAUCACGACACUAGGAAACGUCGACAGUCACAGCAUGAUACUAGAGAACGACGACCGUCCCAGGGCAAUACCAGCGGACGAUUACCGUCACAACACGAUACCAGAGAACACCGAAUAUCGCAGUACGACCUUAGAGAACGCCAACCACUCGACACCAAAGAACGUUUAAGUUCGAAGGGUGAAAGCAAAAAUCACGACCAGCCACGGGGCACCUUUGUCGUCGAAUGUUUCUGCAAUUUCAGCGCGACGGACAACGGCUGUAACAACGAACCGGUCACAAAACAGGUUCAGCUCGAUGAGACUUAUCGGCCGUCAGCGCGAGGUUUCAGUGAUAGAAAAAGUGGCUGUCCGAACCGGGUGUCGUCUCGACACAACAACAUUAAUGCCGAUAACAAGACCGAAGUAAAAGUGGAGACUGCGAGAAAAGACGCCGCUUCGACCGGAUGCCACAGUCGCUCCGGCCGCUGCAGCACGCCACGGAAUAACGCCUGCAGUGUAACGUUACCGGACUCGACUGAGCAGCGCCUUAGCAAUCAAGGCACUUCCCGAAAACGAGGCUGCCCGUGCCCAAGAGUGGAGGAUUUGAUGUCCAGUACCGAUGACAGUCCUGCAACGGCGGUUGAUGGCAAUCAAAAGCUCAAUAAUCGAGGAUGGAACGAGACACAAUAA